CAGGAUAGUAAUAAAUUAGAUUACAGGAAACUCUCACGAAAAGGUCAAUGCUGCCCCUUGUGGUGUAGAGUAUAAAACGUAACGAUCCAACUAGACCAUCACCAGAAGGCUAGAGGAGAAGCAAUUCUUUUGAAAUUAAUGUCCGGCCUUUAAAAACUAGAAAACAAACAUGAAGGACGUUUUUGUUUUUAUUUAAAUGCAAUGAAAAAUGUGACUAUUCAGAAAUGAUGAACGCAUCCUCCCUGAUGAGGUCUGAGAAUCUCUGUGAAACAACACAAUACCAGCUGUGGUUACUAAGAUCCUUUAUUUAAAAGUGUAUAAAUUAUAUGUUCAUAGCAAUUACGGAUUUUUAUUGCAGCCAUGACAAAACGUACUCUGUUCUGGGAAACAUUGUCGUACGUAGGAAUAUGACGUAACUCAGCUGAAACAGAAGUUUGAAAAACGCGUUCUUUCAACAACUCCUGUUCAAAAUGAGAACGUUUUUGCUAUUUUGUCUGCUUCGCUGGUUUAUUUGAGUAACAUCAGUUCCUUUUUGAAAACCAGUAAGGAAACCCCUCCCCUGCUGCAUUCUCGUGACAGGCCGGGAAAAAGUCCAGUUCGGAGAGGAAUGAACAUUGCCAGAUGUUCAAGCAAGAUCUUUGGGGGUUCUGAAGAUGCCUGCCCGCAAACAUGUCAGACGUUCACGUGAAACGCUGCGCGAGACGAUGAUAUCACCUGAAUAACGCCCUCUGUCAGGUUUCUGGCGGAGCCCGGGGGAGCGCCGUCAGCCGUUCGUGCAUCGAUCAUCACUGAGCGAGGAGGAUAAGUCUCGGUGCGGCCACCCAGGUGAGCGAAACAGCUGGCCAAGGAUGGAGUUCAAGCAGCUGGUUGACACGGCGGAGAAGUGGUGCGCGGGCAACCCCUUCGAUCUCAUAUUCGCGGAAGAGUUCGACGAGAGACGCCUGGAUUUCUAUGCCGAACCGGGAAUCUCCUUCUAUGUCCUUUGCCCGGAUAAUGUGAAUGGCGGCGCCGACAAUUUUCACGUGUGGAGUGAGAGCGAGGAUUGCCUGCCCUUCCUGCAGCUGGCCCAGGAUUACAUCUCCUCCUGUGGGAAGAAGACCCUGUUGGAGAUCCUGGACAAGGUCCUCAGAUCCUUCAGGCCGCUCCUGGGCUUACCGGACAUGGAGGACGAUGCCUUUGAGGAAUAUCACGCCGACGUGGAGGAGGAGCCAGAAGCUGAUCACCCGCAGAUGGGUGUUAGCCAGCAGUAACCAUAUCCGUGCAGAAUGCCUCAGGCCCCGCCCCCCCCAUCCCCCAGACCCCCCCACUCACAUCCACACCCAUACAGACAUAGAACAGACCCAAAGUCCCUAAUAUGCUCAAUUCUUUGAGUUGUUCUUCACUCCAUUUAUAUUUCACUCUGUCCUUUGCUGGGAUUUCGGAGGAACAAUGGAUGCAGCUCCCAUUAUUCCCAUUAACUGGUCACAUGUCGUGGUACUGGCAGAGGCUGACGGAUGAUUGGUGCUUGUCCUGCAUGUGACUCACAGAUCCAUUCAGCUGUUUGUUCUGGUUCUAGAACAUUCAGCUCUUUGGGUGUGAACAGCUGAGCACUGGAACAUGAUUUUGCGGCAUUCAGUUUGUCUGGCUGGGCUUGUCGAACCAAACAGCUGAAAAACACUUUGAGUUGUAUUGAAUGAAAUAAUAUGUCGAGAAACUGAAUAACUAAGAUAUUAUUCAGUGGCUGCUGGCCUUUUGUUACCUGCAGAGAGAUGCAUGCUGGGUAAUAAUGGCGUCCUUCCAGUUCCCCCUCUGCAUCACUUCCUGUUCUGCUUUGUAGAUGUAUUGCUCAGGAGCUCCUCUCCAUAGUGCCAUGGCUUUUCUGAUGCCCUGCCACCAGGGGACCUCCCGUCUAGAUUCAGGUGUCCAUCUUGGGCACCCAGCCUUUGGUGCAGGUGGAGGGUAGAAGGUAUUUAUUUGGUCAUUCAGUUAGUGAUUCAUCACUUUGAGGAGCCCACGCCUGGGACUUCCACCAGGGCCCCAGCGUAUCUAUACCGGUGGAUGCUCGUCGAGCCCGGAGGUGAGCGCCGUGGCCCCCUUCAGGAAGAUUCGGGAAUCAUCCAGCUGUGCUUCUCGCUCCGCUUUCAUCUCAUUUCGCCAUUCUUUUCGCCAUUUCAUGAUCAAAAACUCCAGAUUCAGAGCACUUGCUAUCAGAAUUUUAAUCAGUCUGAGAGCAGAAAACGAUCAGUAGAGGUUACUGUCUUUUGACUUUGUAAUGAGAGACCCGCCGGGGGUGGGGGGGGGGGAGAGGGUUGGUCCUGGUUACGUGGAUCAGUGUCAUGCUUCUGCACAACUUCACUGCAAUAAACCCUUAGGGCUGGUUCCCACCCCCUGCGGAUGCCAAUGUGUCACAGCACGCCUCAGUACAAGACUGUCUGCAUUCCUGGACACUCAUAUUUCUUGCGCCACUGUGCCUGGCCACCUUGUACUUUGAUGCCAGGCCUGAGGUGGCGCUGUAGAGCAAAGUGUCUUAGGUUUAUGAAGUAUGACAUGGAUGUUAUAUUGAGAAUCACUAUUUUACUAAAAUUAAUCAUGCAUUUUAUGCUUAGAGUAUGCAAGGACCAGGACAGGUAUAUGGUGUUGGGGUUACAGUCAUUUUAUUUUAGUUUGCAGCCAUCUGGGAGUCUUAAUCCUGUAACGAGGAAUCCUUGAGUCCCUCACUGAGCCUUUCUUCAGAUCCACUAGCCACGGUUGUUUUCAGUCUGUCCAAAGAGGGUAGAAAAGAUGUUCAUAUACAAUCUUUAGUCUGAUCUCCUUUCUGACUUCCUGCUUAACCUUUCCCCUGGCUAAUUAACGAUCGGGGCACACUGACAUCACAGGACGAACCAUCCACAUUAUUUCAAAUGUCAUCCCUCAAAUGCGGUGCCUGGCUUUUCUAAUAAAAUGAUAUCACGACUGCCGCUUGCGCUGUUGCACGUCCUCAGCAGGUGGAAACCAGCCCUUGGAGUCCAGAAGCUACAUAAGUGAGCCUGAAAGCUGACAUGUGACCCCAUCUGCAGGCUGAGAGCCUACCACUCAGCAUUGGGUGUACGUGAGGAGUGAAUCUCACAUGUUGGCAGGUUAGUGAGUUGUGGGAAUGACCAGGAAGGACAGCAGAUGACAUUGAGGUUAAGGAUGCAGAUGUAACCAAAAGGCUACCGGUAGAAGUCAGUAAAAUAUCCAGCUGGCUGCAAUAAAACUGUAAGAAAACAAGAAUAACUGCUCCACAUGUGCCGGCUGGGUCUGGUGGUUGGUCCAUCUGUCUGUGAUUUGGCAUGGCAGAACAUUCCGGUUCAUGGGGGCACUGCCCUGCAUCACUCUCUGUUAUUCCAUUCAUGGGUUAACCUGCGGUUUAUUGUUUUGUCAAUCAAUGAAAUGCCCCAGGCUUCUAUAUUUUUGUCCUUGGUGGAUAUUAGGCCGUACCCCUCCCUGCAUUUUCAAAAGCUCCUCCAAGGCCAGGUGACUGACACUCAAGCACCGAAGAGCUGCACCUUCAUUGUUCCUCCGAAUAUACCUCGGGGUGAAGGACCGAGUCGCUUUGCAAUAGCCGAUAACAAAGAAAAACACGAUUUCCAACAUUCACGUGAUGUCAAUUUCUUUUCUUUUGACGUGCCACAGAAGAACUUCUGCGAGAGGAUAACAUAUACGAGUUCAGCCUUAACAGAUAAACCAGUUUAAAAAAAAGAAGCAAAACUUCUUCGUCAGAGUAUUUUUUCUUCACUGGUCGACUUGAAUGCCACCGUUCGCAGGCACGCCCUGUGGAGGCAGACAGGAUCCUCCUCCUGGAGAUUGCUAGGUACUCACACCAUACAUCAGUCAAUCUUCCAUACAAUAAAUACACUUCAGCUGCUGAGAAGAUUUGAGUUCCCGGGAAUGUCGCAGUGAUGGCAGUGAUGCCACUAGACUGUCACUUGUUAUCUGGGACACCGUGUCACCUCCCUGACCUCGUCACUUGUUAUCGCUUAAAUCCCAGGGUCCUAACCCUAACCCCGCCCCGUUCUCCUCAGCUCAGAUCGUCUUCCCUGUCACGCUCGCUGCACAGCACACCAGAGGCGCACCAGAUCCGCUGAAAUCCGCCACGAUUUCUCUCCGAGCUGCUGCCGCUGCUACGUCUUUAUUUCUCCUUGGGUUUCCAAUUUUUGCCGUCGGAUUUUUUCAGGAGACGCCGCCGCUCUCGAGUUAGGCGUCUCCCCGCAGCUUUUGAGAACCUGAACAGCACUAGGGCUCAUCUGUGCGAUUCAACCUGCGUUUGCUUCCUCAGAUGUUUCUGUUUGUUCGUUUGUUUUUCCUUGUGCAUUUUGUUUUCUACAACAGUGUGAAUCUCAAGUUUAAAAUACAUGUUGGAAAAAAAUGUUCGGUUUCUGUGUGUGUGUGUGUGUGUGUGUGGGUGUGUAUGUGUUUUGAGAAGGACUUCCUUGCUUUGAUUAGGCUGAAGCUUGAAUUAAAUCAGCACUGCAAUCC